ACACUACCAGCUGGUGACAGACAGUUCCAAGUUAGUUGUCGGUGCAGCGCUCUACCAAAUGGUUGAUCGCCAACCGGCGCCACUGGGAUUUUAUUCUAAGAAGCUUUCUGACACUCAGCGGGACUAUUCAGUCUAUGACAAGGAACUUUUGGCUGCAUACUUGGCUGUUCACCACUUUAAGACUCUCAUCGAUGGACAGUCUGUCACUCUCUUCCUUGACCACAAACCUGUUGUUAAUGCUUUUCACUUUAAGUCUAUUGCCAAAUCUGACCGCCAACAGAGACAGUUGUCUUUCAUCUCUGAGUAUGUUUCUUCUGUAGAAUACAUCCGUGGUGACAACAACGUUGUAGCUGAUUGCCUUUCACGUCCUGUUUGUGCAGUUACAGUUGAUGCUUUUGACCUUCGUAGUAUUGCUCGAUCCCAGGAUGCUGAAGUGGAAUUGGAGACGUACAAAGACAGACUAACAAGGUACUCUUUAUCACCUGACUUAGAUCUAUGGUGUGACACUUCUACUAAUUCCCCCAGACCUUUUGUUCCUUCUUCUCUUAGAGUUGAUAUUAUCAAUUCCUUGCAUAACCUUUCUCAUCCUGGUAAUAAGUCCACUGCUAAACUAGUCAAACAAAGAUAUUUUUGGCCAAAUAUAGGUAAAGACGUUAAAAAUUUGUGAAAAAUUGUCUAAAUUGUUAACGAGCUAAGGUGCAGCAACACACCAAAUCUCCUGUUUCUGCUAUUUCUGCUCCUACUGACCGUUUUCAGACUGUGCAUAUAGACAUUGUCGGACCUUUUCCUCCUGCUACCCUACCUAAUUGCAUGUAUCCUCUUCCCUACCGCUACCUUUUGACUUGCAUUGACAGAGCAACUAGAUGGGUUGAAGCCAUUCCUCUCAUCGACAUUACUGCAAGCUCAACUGCAGUUGCCUUCGUCGCCGGCUGGGUAUCUCGUUUUGGAGUUCCGCUGCAAGUCGUCACUGACCGUGGUGCCCAGUUCGAGAGUGAACUGUUCUCUGAGCUCUCGUCAAUGAUCGGCUUUCAUCACGUUCGUACGACAAGCUACCAUCCACAAGCAAAUGGCAUCAUUGAGAGACAUCACAGGUCUUUGAAGUCCGCAGUCAUGGCAAGACAAGACAAUUGGUAUUUGGCCUUGCCUAUAGUUCUCCUUGGCUACCGUUUGACGCCUAAUAUCUCAGGUUAUUCCCCAUUUACAGCUGUGACGGGUGCCCACAUGAUGUAUCCUUCGCCACUGAUUGAUAGAGAUGCGUCUCGCUCGAUGAAUUUAGCCACCAUCCAGGUUUUCAUCAAUGAGAUGCAGUCCAUUGACUUCAGUGACUUGGCAUCUGGGGAUUGUCACUCAACACCUCACCCGUAUGUGCCCAAGGAUCUCCUCACUUGUCAGAAGGUCUGGCUACGUGUGGACCGCAUUCGCAAAAGUUUAGAGGCGCCUUACUCAGGCCCCUAUGAGGUUCUCCAGCGUGCACCUAAGUACUUCAUUAUCAAGCUUCCACGGGGAAACACUUCGGUCUCCAUCGACCGCCUCAAGCCGGUUUAUAUAAAGGAGCGCGUCAAUAAACAGCCUACCCCUCCAGUUGAUGUAUCUACGCAGUCUAUUGCCAUCCCUGAUUUCCCUCUUCCUUCUGUUUCUAACACCCCUUACACUACACGCAGCGGACGGACGGUUCGGUUUCGACAGCACCCUGACUAUUGUUCUUACUAGGCGAGAGGUCACUGCCUGCCUGACCACAGUGAAACUAGACCUCCCUCAGUUCUGGUUCGCCGUCUAUCCUACCUACUUCUGGAAUUUGGGCCUCUGGUCGUAUUCAUGAAAUACAGUUCUGGACUGCACACGGCUUCGUUUCCCUCUGCACCCCUUAUCACUUCCCAACACACCGGCU